AUGGCCAGCCAAUUCUGCGUUCCUCUAGCCCCACGCCUCUCACCCCUUAAACCUUUGAAAUCCCAUUUCACAGACUUCCAGGUGGGCAUCUGUGUGGCGAUCCAGCGCAGGGACAAACGGAUCCACCUGGCUGUGGUCACAGAGAUCAACAGAGAAAACUCUUGGGUCACAGUAGAGUGGGUUGAGAAAGGAGUCAAAAAGGGAAAGAAGAUCGAACUAGAGACUGUAUUUCUGUUGAAUCCAGCUCUGGCCUCUGCUGAACACCAACGGUCACAGAGACCCCUGCGCCCAGUAUCUGCAACACCCAGUACUGCCAUCGGGGACCAGCGAACAGCCACCAAGUGGAUUGCGAUGAUCCCGCACAGAAAUGAAACACCAUCAGGGGACAGUCAAGCCCUGGUGGUCCCCAGUAACCCUUGUCUGAUGAAGCGGAAGAAAUCCCCCUGCCUAAGGGAAAUUGAAAAGCUGCAGAAGCAGCGAGAGAAGCGCAGGCGACUGCAGCUAGAGAUCCGAGCUAGACGAGCGCUGGACAUCAACACUGGAAACCCGAACUAUGAGAUUAUGCGUAUGAUUGAGGAGUACCGCAGACAUCUGGACAGCAGCAAAAUAUCCAGCCUGGAGCCCGCAGAAGACCACCGGAUCUGUGUGUGCGUGAGGAAGCGCCCUCUUAAUGAGAGAGAGAACACCAUGAAGGACCUAGAUAUCAUCACUAUCCCCUCGCACAAUGUGGUCACGGUGCACGAAUCUAAACAAAAAGUGGACCUAACCCGCUACUUGGAAAACCAGACCUUCUGUUUUGACCAUGCUUUCGACGACACGGCAUCCAAUGAGUUAGUUUACCAAUUUACUGCCCGGCCUUUGGUGGAGUCCAUCUUCCGAAAGGGCAUGGCCACUUGCUUUGCCUAUGGGCAGACUGGCAGUGGAAAAACCCACACCAUGGGUGGAGCCUUUUCUGGAAAGGCUCAAGAUUGUUCGAAAGGCAUUUACGCCCUGGUGGCUCAGGAUGUCUUUCUCCUACUGAGAAACCCUGCCUAUGAGAAAUUAGAACUCAAAGUCUAUGGCACAUUUUUUGAGAUUUAUGGUGGCAAAGUCUACGAUCUGUUAAACUGGAAGAAGAAGCUUCAAGUCCUCGAGGAUGGAAAUCAGCAAGUGCAAGUUGUGGGGCUGCAGGAGCAGGAGGUGUCUUGUGUGGAGGAAGUCCUGACUCUGGUGGAGCUCGGAAAUAGCUGUCGGACUUCCGGACAGACUUCUGUCAACGCCCACUCAUCCAGGAGUCACGCAGUGUUCCAGCUCAUCCUUAAGUCGGGAGGGAAACUGCAUGGCAAGUUUUCCCUUGUUGACUUAGCUGGGAAUGAAAGGGGGGCAGAUACUGCCAAGGCCAACCGAAAGAGGCAGCUGGAAGGGGCUGAAAUAAAUAAGAGUCUCCUAGCCCUGAAGGAAUGCAUCAGGGCCUUGGGUAAGAACAAGUCUCAUACCCCAUUCAGAGCCAGCAAACUCACGCAGGUGCUCCGGGACUCCUUCAUAGGCCAGAACUCCUCCACAUGCAUGAUUGCUACUAUCUCACCCGGAAUGACUUCGUGUGAAAACACCCUCAAUACUUUAAGAUACGCAAACAGAGUUAAAGAAUUAGCCCUAGAGGCCAGACCCUACCAUCAUUGCCUCUCUCCAGCUGGUCAUGAAGUACCACUAAUGUUAGAAAAGGACAAUACGAAUUUAGAAAAUUCCCUUCAGAGGGAUAAAUUUAUUCAAAUACCUACUAUACAGAGUGGGGAAGAAAAAGAAAGUGAUGAAAUCACAUUAGCAAAGGACCCAGCCGCUUCAUGGAGGAGAUCUAGCCGGUGGUGGGAGGCCAUCCAGGAGACAGCUGAUGGAGUAAACUGCGACGUGGAUUUUUACAUUGCCCAGUCACUGUCCAUUCUGGAGCAGAAAAUCGGUGUGCUGACUGAGAUCCAAAGGAAGCUCCAGUUACUACGUGCUGACCUCCAAAAGAAAAACCAAGUCGAGUGA